AUGGAACCGAUUUCAAAGUCGUUCCUGCGAAGGUCUGUCUGCACUGAGGGCGAGGCUUUCGAAAGUGGAAUUAUACGCGGUGCCGCCGUCAAAUACAAUGACUCUGCCGCUCUUAGGUUGCGUCGAAGAGCUCUUAUCAAGUGGCAGCCGGGCGCACCAAGUAAGGUGCUCAUUGUGAAGAAACCCAAGAACCCCGCUGCAUCAACGAAACUUCACGAGAUAGGAGCCUGGCUGCGUGCCCGGGGCAUUGAGGUGUUCGUCGAGAGAGUUGUCUGGGCGACGGAGUUUAAGGAAUUUAGCAUUUUUGAUCCACACGUCAAUCGCCACGACAUCGACUUCUGCAUCUCACUUGGCGGCGAUGGGACGGUGCUAUACCUCACGUCGCUUUUCGAGGAGGAUGAGCCUCUGCCGCCGGUGUUGUGUUUUGCCAUGGGCACGCUGGGCUUCCUCACCCCUUUUGACGUGGCCAACUUUGAGGCCACAUUGGAGCGCGUGCUGGACACAAACAGUCAGCCGCUAUACUGCACGCUGCGGACCAGGAAACGCUGCGAGGUGGUGUACGACGGACGGCUGGAAGCCGUACAUCACGUUCUGAACGAGUGUGUCCUGGAUCGCGGCGCCUUCCCGGGAGCUGUCCUGCUGGAGAUCUUCGUUGACGGCUCGUACGUUACCAACGUGGAAGCGGAUGGGCUCAUCAUUUCCACCCCCUCGGGUUCUACCGCCUACUCCAUGUCUGCCGGGGGACCGGUAGUGGCGCCGUCGGUGCCCUGCACCGUCUUUACGCCCAUCGCGCCGCUGUCACUAUCCUUCAGGCCGGUGGUCAUCCCCGAGUCGUCCUCUAUCUGCGUGCAUCUGCCCACGUGCGCCCGCUCCCAUGCACGGGCUUCCUUUGACGGCAGGAAGCCCAUGCGGGUGCGGCGGGGCACCUCGCUGUUCUUCACGACCUCGCUGUGCCCCCUGCCCGUCAUCAGCCUGGGACCCAUGGACACCGACUGGUAUGAGGGCAUCACCAGCAAGCUCAAGUGGAACCAGGCAAUCCGUCAGCUGCCCAGCUGCCCAAGUCCUGUGGGCGCCCAGCAGCAGGAGCUCUGCAGCGCGCGCCUUGCGGACCGCGCCGCGGCAGAGGUGGCGCUGGCAGCAGCGGAGGGCUGCCCCGUACCGGACGACGCGUACCUGGUUCACGCCGCGGCAGCGGCUGCUGCGGCUGCCCUGCCGCGUCAUUCUUCCGAGCGCAACAUCCUGGGAUUGGGCAGGCCCACUGUCCAACCCCAGUCCCAGAGCUCCGGCGGCGCAACCGCGCCAAUCUCCCAUGGCCCGGCGCUCCCCGCCGGCGCGGCCGGCACUUCAGGUAGUUGUAGAAGUGGAAACGGAAACGGUAAUGGUACGGUUGUGCGCAGCAAUGGUAGCAGCACCGGUACACUUGGCAGCGUUCACAGCUUCAGUGUGGGCGGCCUCGCCGGCGGGCACCGCAGUGGCAGCGGUAGUGGCUGGUGCAGUGUCGAAGUACCAGACGAUGGUAGCGCAACUGAUUCAAUGACCAACAGCCUAGAUGAUCCCAAUGAAGCUGCACAGGCAGCAGAGAUGUCCCGUGCGUCGGUUGCUGUCACCGUUGCGGCGGCAGCCCUUGCGGCCGCCAGCAAGCCGCUGCGUCCUGCUGUAAUGCGAACCCGGCCGAUUAAAAUACAGCAGGCUGGUGCUUGCGCGGUCAUGGAUGUGCUACGUGCAGAUCCCGAACGGCCGGGUUAUGGUGGUGGCCGCCGGCGCGGCCGGGGCCGUCGUAACGGUGGCGGCAGUAGCGGGAACGCUGCUGCUGCCGGACCAGUCGAGGAGCCCGACAGUACCGUGAUAUCCGAGCGGGGCCCCGUGGACCGUGCCAGGCACCUUGCGUGA